UCAUGUUUAUUUUGUACUAGUUCUUUCACAGACUAAGCCGCGAGCAAAUGUGCCGCUUCUCUUAUUUUGAAAGUGUGUUGUGCUGGAAGUUGAUGUUUACAUACUGGUGUCUGGGAGUAUAAAGGUGGCUGGAGGCGGCGACUCCAGCAGUCCCGGUCCAGCCUCGUCAGGAGCAGAACGCAGCUGCAGGUACUCUCGCACACCAUGGCGGUCAAAGUGUUACUUCUCCUUCUUAUAGGGGCGUGUGUCGCUAUACCUAAUGGUCAAACCGACGACAGCCUAGUCCGCCAUGUUCGCCAGACAAGGCCUCUGCCCCGGCCAUCCAGGCCUCAAAUCUCUCCCACCCCGCCCCCUGGCCACAUACCACGCCCUCUCAUCCAGACUCUCCCAGCUAGAAUUACUCGAAACGCCAGGGCUCAACUGCCACCGAAGUCAGAACUGACCAAGCCUCUUCCUCGGCCUUCACGACCCCAGCAGCGUCCCCAGGGAGAUCCCACCCCACCCCCUGGCCACAUACCACGCCCUCUCGUCCAGACUCUCCCAGCUAGAAUUACCCGGAACGCCAGAGCUCAGCUGCCCCCGAAGUCUGAACUGACGAAGCCUCUUCCUCGGCCUUCACGACCCCAACAACGUCCCCAGGUAGAUCCCAUCCCGCCCCCUGGUCACAUACCACGCCCUCUCGUCCAGACUCUCCCAGCACGAAUUACCCGGAGCGCCGAGCCUCAGCUGCCCCCGAAGUCUGAACUGACCAAGCCUGCUCCACGGCCUCCACGACCCCAGGGAGAUCCAAUCCCUCCCUCAGACCUCAGCAUUCAGACUCUUCCUGCAAGACUUACCCGUAGCGCCGAGCCUCAGCUGCCCCCGAAGUCUCAUCUGACCAAGCCUCUUCCUCGGCCUUCGCACAGCCCACUGACACCAGAUGAACUUCCUUCAAAGUCCGAACUAACAAAACCUGCUUCACGGCCCGAAACCCUCCCAGCUAUUCUUCCUGGGGACCUGACUAAACCUGCUGAGAUUUCCGAAUCUCCUGAAGAUGGCGGCUUUGCUCCUCUACCUACCGGACCUGUUGUGGAACCCAGACCUACCCCAGGAGAAUUGACAAAGCCCGCUAAUCGUUCCAAAAGUCUUGAUCGUGAUGGCUUUGCUCCACUACCUACCGGACCCAUUGUGGAACCCAGACCAUCCCCAGGACAACUGUCUAAACCAGCUCGUCGCCCUUCAAGGCCUUAAGGCCCAAUACCAUUUGGUAAUUUUGAGAUAAAUAGUACGAACCUUAAAAGCUUUUCUGCUUUAGAAAUAAAAUGAUUAGUAUAUGGCAAUUACAUUUGUUUUACAAACAUAAGUAUGUAUAUGUGACCCUAAGACCCAGCAUCCAGUAGGACAACUAAGGUAAUCUUACUGCUGUUCAAUAUCCAGCGACAAUGAUGGUGCUACAGUCUCUUCGGCUUGGUGCCGUCUUUUGAUAAUUGCUUACUUAAUUGUUUGCUAAUAAUGUAUAUUCAUUGCGAAUUGUGGGUGCGCAUAUAUGAUAAUAAAUUUUUAACAACG